GCUAUAUGUGUGCAGCUGCUAUGUUCUGUCACUGCCGGUGAGAGCUUUAGUGAAUCAGACUGUAUAAGCUAUAUGUGUGCAGCUGCUAUGUUCUGUCACUGAGAGGCCGGUGAGAGCUUUAGUGAAUCACACUGUAUAAGCUAUAUGUGUGCAGCUGCUAUGUUCUGUUACUGAGAGGCCGGUGAGAGCUUUAGUGAAUCAGACUGUAUAAGCUAUAUGUGUGCAGCUGCUAUGUUCUGUCACUGCCGGUGAGAGCUUUAGUGAAUCAGAUUGUAUAAGCUAUAUGUGUGCAGCUGCUAUGUUCUGUCACUGUGUAUCUUCACUAAUAUUAUCCUGGUCUCACAGAAUCGGUCGUGUGUUUCAGGUCUCUAUAAAGUUCUCUAUGGAGGAGUGGGACUAUAUAGAGGGGCACAAGGACAUUUACAAAGCUGCAGUAAUAGAAAAUGACCGGACGGCCAGGACCGUGGGAAGCCCGGCUCACAGGCGCUCAGGCUAUGAAGAUGACAAUCUGGAGGAGGAGGAAGAGGCUGCUGUUGAUAAUAAAGAUAAUCUGCAAGCCCCCGUCUGUUCAGAUCCCCCGGCAGGACUUACAGAUGAAAACCUAGUCUGCCUGUCUGUGAUUGUAAAGGAAGAGAACGAGGAUGACGUUCAGCAAGUUGAAAUUCAGUCAGACACCGGUGCAGGUAAUGAGGAAAUGUCUGAUGUUGAACUCAUUGAAAUAAAAAAUCUACCGGAAGCUCAGGACAGAAAAACCCAUGGAAAUAACUGCACAAAUGGAUACGCUAGUAUGCUAGUAGAAUCUGAAACAGAGGCCUGCUUGUCAGAGAGCACUGAGGAACAUGACAGCUGCUUCCCUCAACAGAAGGUUCUAGAGGAAAACUUACAAAGGAACAAAAUCGUAGGAUUGUGCAAAAAAAGAAAUCUCACAUCUACAGGACAUAUUUAUCAGCGAAACCACAAGUCAUUUGCUUUAAAUCGGAGUCAUGUGAAUUAUUCUAGUUCUGCACCUUGUACAACAAGAAACGUUAAAACUACAAAAUCCAUCAGGCGGAAAUUAGAGUGUGAAGAAAAACGACCGCCACAUAUAGGAGGAAAAGCAAAUUUAUACCAACAAAAAGAACAGUUUAAUUUCACAUCUAAUCUGCUAGAUGAACAGCACAGAACAGGAGACCAUGCAGAAGAGAUGCCAUAUUGUUGCCAGAAAUGUGGCCAAGGCUUUUCCCAAGGUGCAGAGCUUGUUAAACAUCUCCAAAUUCAUACAGAGGAGUAUCAUAUUUACCAGAAAAGCUCACCAAAAUUGAAUCUGUUAUCGCAGAGAACAUCAGUUGGAGAUAACGAUAUUAUUUGUCAAACAUGUGGAAGAGCUUUCUCAUGCAAGUCCAGCCUAGUGGCACAUCAUAGAACUCAUACAGGGGAGAAACCCUAUGUGUGCCAGCUUUGUGGUAAAGGUUUCUCUGUUAGUUCAAGUCUGGUCAAACACUACAGAACCCACACAGGAGAGAAACCAUAUGGCUGUCAGAAAUGUGGCAAACGGUUCUCACAGAAGUCAAAUCUGGACAAACAUUAUGUAACGCACACCGGAGAAAAACCGUAUGUUUGCCAGGAAUGUGGGAAAGGCUGUUCACAGAGAGCAAAUCUGAUUAAGCAUCAGCAAACACAUGUAAUGGAAAUGCAACAUAUUUGUCAGGACUGCGGCACAUUUUUUACAACUAGAUCGGGUCUUGUGAUCCACCAGAAAUCUCAUGCUAAAUAGAAGCUAGAAAGCUGAUGCAUUAUGGGAUGCGCUACAUUCGAAAAUAACCACUGAACUGUUCAGGGUAAUCUGUAUUUACUUUAUUGUAAAAACAAUAUAUUUAUACAUAUACUUAUGUUACCCAGUAAUGUUUUUAUUCCAUCACAUAACGCACAUACCAGAGAAUUAUAAAUCAGAAAUAGCAUGUAAAUAAAAAAUGUGUCUCAUCAAAUUGA